CUUUCGAAAUGAGAUAUAGUGAUUCUGUCUCGUCUUUUUGCGAAAUGAAAUAUGAAACGAAUUAUCCGAUCAUGAAGUGUGCGACUGUCUGUCUAUUGGCCUUUUGUGCGUUCCAAGCAGUUUACGCAUGGGGAAUAGAUGACGUGGAAGCUUUACGUAGCAAAGUUUUAUAUGAAAUGCUGGGAAUCUACAAUAAAGUCUGGCAGACUAGUACAGAUGAAUAUAAGGCUAUGCUGAGACAAGGAGUAUAUAUUGACCAUCGAAGGUGUUUAGAUAUUGAUGAAGCUGAUCUAUUUUUUAGAAAGUAUCGCCAGUUAUAUGACCAAUGCGAUCUGUGUUUUGAAGACGCUCUUAAAAGUACGGAUCCAGAGGUUGCAAAAAGGUGCUGUCGUAACGAAAUGGCUGAAUUAAAAGGCUUAGUAAAGCCGACUAUUGCUAGUAUUAAGGCAUGCCUAAAUAAACUCGUUCAUGAUGCAGAGGCUGCUAGAGCAAAAGAAACUUCAGGCAGAGCUCCAGAAGUCCCUCGCAAUGAACCUGAAAGCAGACGUGCAAAAUCAAUAUAA